CCGAUGACUCAGGACACACAGCAGGAAGACACACCGAUGACUCAAGACACACAGCAAGAAGACACACAUCAGGAAACCCAGCCUGGAGAAAAAGAACCCGAGAAAGAUUCCCAAGGUGAUAAGGGUCGUGAUGAUGAUACUGAUAUGGUUCAGCCACAGCCUAAGAAACACAGAGGACCAACGAAGAUGAAAGAUAUUGCUAGAGAUCCUAGUGCACGCAUAAGAGUUGAUUUCACAGAGCUUGGAGAACCCUGUGGAGAAGGAUCAGUUAAGCUGUCUUCUUACUUAGGUCCCUUGGUAAGGGAACAUGUUCCUGUGGUCAUAGAUGAUUGGAGAAAAAUUGGUGAGGACCGGAAGACUGUUCUAUGGAAAUCUGUUAAGCUACGGUUUGAACUGGAUGGAGAGUACGAGAAAGCGGCUGUUAUGAAACAGAUGGGAUGCAUAUGGAGGGCCUCUAAAUCACGCUUGGUUAAUCAGAUUAUUAAAGCUGAUAACCACGCAGAGCGUUUGAAGUUGCGGCCAGACAAUAUUCCGCUGUCAGAGUGGAGGAAGUUUGUGAAAGAGAAGACUAGUAAAGAGUUCAAGGUAUGAAAUUGUACUUAGUUUCAUUUUUAAUUUCAGCAUUUUAACACUUCUAUAUAGGCUGUCAGCGAUUCAUACAAGGAAAGAAGACGUAAGCAGAUUCCUCACACAUGUAGCCGUAAAGGAAUGGUUAGAUUGGCAGAAGAUUUA